UCUGGGGUGUACUAGUUUUUAAACAGUUCCGCUAGACACACCCGACAUUCGCAUUCGCUAGUUCACUAUCAUUUGGAUUGUAUUACUUGAGUAUUACUCUGUUAGUAAUAUCAUUUGAAGUUUUAUUAUAACAUUUCGUGAAAAAAUACCUGAAAUAAGACACCAUGCGAAAAGCUACACUCUCACCAUUCCAGGUAGAGAAGUUAAAGUACUAUUUCCACUUUUUUGAACCUAAUUCAGAUGGAAGCCUGGACAUAACAAGUGUUGACAGACUUAUGAAGAGAGUCUUGACCUUCACCAACUGGGAUCCAAAAGGCACCAAAGCCAAGGAGUGUGAGGAGAUCCACCAUGCAUUUUUUGAGGUCCUCUUUGAGAAAGCUCGAGUUAAACCAGGCGGAGCCAAAACCAUCUCCCUUGAAGUCUGGCUAAACAUGUGGGCCAGCGUCCUACAAGGUUGUAUGGGAGUCCAUCAUUUCCCGAUCUGGCUCAGGAUCCUACCAAAGACACUCUUCAACAUGAUCGACAGAAACAACGAUUCCGUGGUGGGACCUACAGAGCUGGUCGCCUUCUAUAGAGACAUGGUCAACAUUCCAGAACAGGAAGCGGAAGCGAGAGCACUCUACGCUUACGACCAAAUGACCGACAGUGGGCGCUGGCCGCUGAACAUUGAAAGCUACGAGAUGAUCUUCUCCAACUUCCUCAUCGGGAAAACCCCCUUCGGCCCAGGGCGUCACAUCUUCGGCUGCUUCGAACACAACGCCCAGAAAUUUGAGCUGAUUCAACCGGCCACGGACAACGAGAAGGAGGACGUCACGCCCCUGGUCAAGCCGGCCAUCCCAUGGGAGAAACCCAAGCCCAAACGACAGAAUUCCCGGGGAAAUUUCUUCUAGGGGAUAACGACAAUAACAAAAUUAGUUACUGAAAUUGUUAAUCAAUGUCUUAUAGCGGUGCUUGGAAUUUGUUGGUGUAUAUAUAGUUUGAGCAUUUAGUUAAAUGCAAUUAUAGUGAUAUAUAUGCUAUAUAUAUAUACAAUAUAUAUGGCGUGUAUAAUCAUACGUCAGUUACUUAAAAAAAAAUAUAUGUAACAAAUAAAGUUUUUAUAAAUUCUAAAUAAAACAUGUAGGUGUAGGCCUAUGAAGUUAUCUAUGAAGAACAAAAAUGUGUUAUUAUUUAGCAAUAAUUACUUAUAGGUUAAUUUAUCUACACGUUAAGGUAUUAAGAAUUGUCCAAGGGUUUCAGUGGUUGACUUGGUAAAAUUAAAGUAUCGAAUUUACGACGCCAACUCGUGAAGAAUAGUAUAGUAACUGAAAUCGUUUCACAAUUGACACUAUCAGUAAGCUCUGCUGUCUCAAAGAAUUGUUUCACACACCAUGUUGUACGUAUGAAUUCCCAGACGUGGAUAAAAACUUUCAGUCCAAGUGCAGAUGAUGUAGAGUUCACCUG